UUCGCCUUAAAUUGCACGCACUGGUAUCGCGGUAAACCAUAAUUUAACUGUGAUCACUUUUGGAUGACGCUUCGGUUUAUCUUCAGAGAUUCGACCCUUCGACGGAGUGCAACUGUCAUGAAAUCUGGACAACUUCCCCGGAUUCUUUUGUUUUCUUUGUGAUUAUCUCUAAUUAUUGCAGCAUUUUAUGCUCUAAUGGAUUAUCUUCUUGUUGUGAUAUCGUCGGCACUGAAAAGAAUGACGGGUCAUAGUUCGAGAGAUGCUAGCCGCGCCUUCCCCAUGUGGAUACUAUUUCUUGCAUUGACUUUGCUGGGGACGCAGGGAUCGGCUGAGCUCGGGAAAAAAAAGAUGGGCAAUGACAUCGGACGAUGCCGAGCAAAAUGUGUUGAAAAGUAUGUGUUUUCUCCUGCUACGAAUGGUAAAUGCGAACUUAGCGAGUGCAAACCGUGCUGGAAAACAUGUUACUACAUCUACAAAGACAAUGAAGUUUGGAAACAGAUGUGUCCCGAAGCCAUAUUAUGCGGAAAGGGAUGUCGUUUCGCAUGCAAAUUCCACGGGACGGCUACGGAGGCCACAGAUCCAAUGGAUGCAAAAUUCACUUCUCCACCGAACAUAACCACAGAGCUUAGGAAGAAGAUGAAAUACUCGAUAAAGUGGACGGCACCAACAUAUACUGACGGGAGGAGCGCUUCUGAUAAUACUAUAUACUCUUUACUCAAACGGCAUUGGAAGAAGGCACGGACUACUGGUCAAUAUCCGUGGCAGAUAAUUGCACAAACAAUCACCCCAGAAUUAGAAUUCAGUCUUCGGCAGCGAGGGAAAGAAUUUGAAGAAUUCAAACUGAUAGCCAUCAGCGAAAAAGGAAAAAUAGCCGAGAUAGUCUUCAAACCAAAGAUGGAUGCGCCGAUGAACAUGGUGGAGCCUACAUCUGGUUACAAACUUGAUAAUGGGAGCACCACACCAAAUGAAAGCAGCAAUAUAGAAGUUGGCUCAAUAAUUCCGCUGACCAAGGCCCCGCCACUAAAACUAAACGUAACGCAGACUUUGACCACGGACAACGGGACGAUCAGGAUGAUCCUGACCUGGCCAGCAGUGGCAGAGAUGUUCACGGUCACUUGGGGGUUGCUCUCUUGCAAAGCCUACAAGGAUAUGAAGCUGCCUGAUUGCGACAAGGUCCCCGAUUUCUACAGCGUACUCGUUUGGAAAAAGGAGAAAAACCAGCAGCAGAUAAUCUUUUCUCUGGAUGGCCUCACAUUCAACUCCCAUUACUUCUUAGACAUCCUUCCCGACGAAAAGUCAGGAUACCAAAUAGCAGAUCGGAUGGACAUCUGGACUCCAGUAUGUCACGUACUAGAUGACACAUUCACAAGAUGCCUAACCCUGCAGGAUAGCGCUGAUAGGCGUCGAAGACGAAGACGAAAAAAACGUAAACGUAAGCGUAAAAAGCUUGCUCCGAGCUACACCUGGCCUCUACACGGGAAUCUCCACUACGAUACAUAUUCCAAUAAGUUCGUCGCUGUCAUCAACUGGGAUGACCCCUUCAACUACACAGGAAAGUACCAGGUAUUCUGGCAGAAGUGGAAGUUCUCGGACGACAACGAAACGAAGGGAGAAGCAGAGGGUUUCGCAGCCAAUAUUGAUGAAACGGAGUAUUCUACUGCUGAGAUUAAAUUGGAAGCAAACAGUGCCUACAUCAUCGAGGCAAAAACAUCGGAGCAAAUAGACAUAGGAGAUGGCAGGCCAAGAUAUCUCUUUAGUCAAAAGUUGAGGAUCAAUACUACCGAUGGAGAGCAACUCAAACUGGCCGCUGCUCCCUCUCAUGGUACAGUCCAGCCUGUAAAACAACAAAAAGUUGAAAAUUCGAGAACGGACGUAAUCGCAAUUGCGGUUGUUUCAGCAAUAGGAAUAUUUGUGUUAGUGGUCGGAAUAAUCUUGUGGAAAAGAUGCCGUUCCGAGAUAGCUAUUGAGAAGAAGGUCGUGGCCAGUAGUAACAGUUAUAAAUCCGCAUUUGGAGAAGACAAGAGCCGAGAACGGAUGGACCCGCUCCUUACGGUUCGCGAUGAAUGGGAGCUGGACCACUGUGACAUCAAGUUCGGCAGUAUGUUAGGCCAGGGUGCCUUUGGCAAAGUUAUGACGGGCGUCUGUGAUGACCAGAAAGUUGCCAUCAAGGUAUUGAAAGAUAAUGCCCCGUUGUCCUACAGAGAAGACUUCAUAGCGGAGAUAACCCUGAUGAAGAAGCUAGGCGUUCAUCCCCACAUUGUUGCCCUCAUUGGGGCCUGCACCAUCGCUGAACCCUUAGCCUUAGUGCUGGAGUACAUGCCUCAUGGAAACCUCCAGAACUUCUUAAAGAAAUGUCGCCUUGAGGGCUACAUCCACCAGAACUCUGAAGGGAUACAGGAACUGCAAUAUCGAGAGCUGACGGAAAGUGGCGAAGAUAUCACUUGGAACAUAACGCCUUCCGAUAUGCUGUCAUUCGCUAGACAAGUGGCAUUGGCAAUGGAGUACAUCGCCGACAAGCAAUUCGUGCACAGAGAUUUGGCAGCGAGAAACGUCUUAGUCGGCCCAGACAAGCUUGUCAAACUCUGUGACUUUGGCUUAUCACGAGAUGUCUACGGAACGUGCGAGUAUCAUAAGAUCACGAGCGGCAAGCUGCCCCUGAAGUGGAUGGCUCUAGAGUCUCUCCGGGACAGAAUAUUCACCAUACAGUCAGACGUGUGGAGCUUUGGUAUUUUACUUUGGGAAAUCGUGACGAUGGGUGGUUCACCGUACCCAAGUAUUGCCUUGGCCGAUCUCUACGUAGUUUUGUGUAAUGGCUACAGGAUGGAUAGUCCAAGCAACUGCUCUCCUGAAGUGUAUGACAUCAUGCAUCGAUGUUGGGCAGAAAACCCGGCCAACCGGCCAACCUUUACGGACCUGCGGGAAAGUCUCGAUCUCCUCUUGGGACGAGAGCUGAACUACCUUCAGCUCGACAACAUCGACGUGCCAAUACAACCCUCAUCGAAUUCCAGUGGUAUGACACCGCCAGGGUGCUUAACUGUGGAUGACCUUGAAAUGAUACCCUUUGCAGACAGGGAAUUGGAGACCGUGCCUCUCACGAGUAGCUCAGAGGUUUUGACUCUCCCGAAUGGUGAUGUUGACCAGUUGUCAAGCAGUCACACAUCGGGAUAUUUAGAAGCGAAACCAUCGGGUUAUCUUGAGGCCAAGCCGGGUCUUGGUUUGAAUGGAUUGAAUGGCUUGAAUCAGGGUAUGUUCACGGAUGUAGUGUGAUCAAAGUAUCGUGGACAGUUUCUGCAAACCAUUGACUUGAGGAUGAUAGCUAGAUUCUACUUAGUUAACGUCCAAACUGGGAUAGGCCGCGUAUACAGUGAGUUACUUGGAUAAGUUACACUUCUGGAUAUUAUACUCUGUGUGAAGCCAUGUAGUGAGAUUUUUGUGAUAUGUUACUUUUACCGUGUGGCUUUGGCUUAGUGGCCAGUAUCGAAAGGAAUUAUGGAGAUUAGCGAUAAAUGAGCAAUAUGUUUCAAGUUAGUGUGAGCCUCAGGUUGGUGGAUGACAUUGAUUCCGGGUCAGGUGGAGCUCAGGAUGAAUUGGUGUCUACGAUGUUCACGCCAUUUUUUCCGCAUCGAAAUGGAUGUGCCUCUCUGGCCGAAAUGGGGAGCUGCGACGAGUGACCAAAGAGUGGACUUGGCCAGAGCCAAGUACGUGACGUUAGAUUAUUCAAAAUGUGCCAAUAGAAGGCAGCCUUCUGCUAUUGUUUUCGAACAAGCGCUUCUGGACAUUUUAAAACAGGGUGUUUUGUUUGGAAAAAUAUGUUCGAAAAGACAUACCUGUGUAUAAAAUCAGAAUAUUGUACUUUGGUACACCCGAAUCCUGCAAUCACUUUGGUGUGCAAUAUGUUGGAGGAGUGUUCAAACAUUGGCAGUUCGAAGGUGAAGAUAUCAGUGAAUUUGAGGGAUUUUUUGGAGAAAUUAACGAAAUGAGAAUUAGCGAACGAACUUGUAUAUCAGUGCGUCAGUGAUUCAACACCUUUUUACAAGACGCUCUAGUCAUUUUCUGUUUUAAAUAUUCUUAUACAUGCUUAGCCAUUGCAUUGAUGCUAAUGUGACAUUGCUCGGCAUGUUAGCACAAUGCUUGAUAUAGUUUGAUGCGGAAUUGUGCUACUCCAGCGAUUUGAUCAGUGUUGCCAUCUUUCAUAGCAAAAAUAAGUCCCCUGCUAAGAAUCAAUAGGUAGGUUGCGCAACCAUUAUGAAAAGCUACGAGUAUGUAAAUGUACUUUAUUGACGACCUAUUUUGAAAAUCUCCCCGAUUUCCUCGUACCAUUAGGUGUUGAUUCACGAGUGGGUAGAUGAUCCAGUAUAUGGCUUGAUGAUGCCACAGACCUUCGUGGUUCGUACUUCGUCGUCUUUAGCAGUUCCGAAAGCUGCUUACUAUUUUCUUUGGUCGUCAGUAAGCGGGGAACUCAUUGGACAAACAUGAAAUGUAGAAAGCGAAAGGUCAUGUCAUAUCAAGGGUGAGCUACCGAUAGAUGUUAACAUUUAUAAUUUAGGCCUUAGUAGUUGCAUUUUUAUUUGUGGCAAUAUUGUACGUGUCUGGUCAGUUAGUUUUGGGUCGAACCCGCCAAGUGUUGCCUAUAACAAAUAGCAUUAAGUAAAGCCUUGAAUUUCUAUGUAAACAAGCUUAGCUUGUGGCUAAUAUCGGCAGCAUUUUCUUUAAUAUUAUCAUGCGUUUAUAUAAAGGCAAAAGGUGGCGGUGUCCACGAAACAGUUCCACCAUUUUCAUUUGCCAUGUUUACCAAUAAUAUAUUAGAACGGUUUUUUGUACCAAUUUAGGAGUUGCUAUACCGUACCGUGUCUGUGUGAUGUGUACUAUAUAAUAUGUCAUCAUCAUCUGACCCAGUGUUCAUCAAUUACAUUUCGCGUUAAACCCCUAAAACAUGUAUCACUCGGCUAGGUUUUUUUCUGAAAGCAUAUUUACAAUAUUUUAAAGUCUGUUGAAGAAAUAUGAUGUGCAAAUACAGUUUGUUGAUUUUCAAGUUUUCGACCUUUUUCAAGUCACUGCAAAGCUUUUUAUUUUUGCUGUCUUUAUAUCUACUCAUUUCGGACUUCUUUAAAAAUAGUUUGGGGACGUUUUAGAAUGAAUAAGGUGUUUUGUUACUGUAAAGUCAUUAUGGUACAUGUCAGCAUCGCACGAUGAUUACGAGUACAUUAUGCAAUCUUAUUUGCCGCACAAAUUUUGUUAUUUUUUACAUGCAAAUAGUCGCACAUCGGAGAGUCAUAUCUGGGUUGAGUCCUUUCCCGAGACUUUUCUAUACAGUCUACGUCAUUAAACGGAUUGUACUGUCGGGAAAACAUCUUGUGAAAAGGAAAUACCUGCAGUAUAUCAUGAUAAAUAGAUAUUACCGCAUAAAUGUACAGCUAGCUCUGCUAUUAUAGAUGCCCGACGUAGACGAUAUGAGGGCAAUGUGCGGUCGUCCAUUUAUGGAGUUAUAGCCUAUAUUUAUGGUGUUUGUCAUGAUGUUGAUGCUGCCAUGUUACAAUAUACUAAAUGUUAAAAUCUUAAAGAAUAUUCUGGAGUUAAACCAUUGUGUUAUAUUUCGAAAGGGGAUUUGAAGCUAGCAUAAUAAUUGAGGAAGUUAUUUCAGUAAGUUGAAAAAUCGUGUAAGUGCCAAAGAAGGGAUCGUAACAUUACCUUUGAUAUUGAGUUGCCUUGUCCUUCUUUCAGUUAAUCGGUUACCCAAACUUGUGCAAUAACUAAUCAUUGGUCUAAUAGUAGCCUGUUUUGAACUUGCUGGAUGUACUGGGUCAGGCAUGCAUUAUUUUUCUAGACCUAAAUAUCAAAUAUAUCAAUAUGUGUGUCUAAAAUAUAUUCACGUGACCUUAGACAUCGAAGCUCAUAUUCAAUGGUAAAUAACUCCAAUAACUACGGUGUAAUGAUAUGUUUGAAAAGUCUUGGUUCAUUUUAAGUUACUUUAAAAUGGAAAUUUACAACCCUUUGCUGAGGUUAUCUUUUUAGAAUUUCAGUUGCUCAUAUUAUCCACCAUCUUUUGAUGUCACGAAAAUUUGUUUUUGGGGCAACGACAGAAAAAUGUAUUAUUUUUCAAGUUUGAAUCUCGAUGUCAUUUUCUGCGCAGUCGUCUGAGGAUGCAUUUGCAGUUGUUCGAGAUCUUCAUUUACCAUGCAUUUAUAAAUUUGUAAGUUUCAAAGUCUGUUUAUAUGUGCUAAUAUUGUUGGUUUGCAGUGAAAGGGGGUCCCCAGGUCACUCUGCCAAUCGCCUCGAUCUAGACCUGCCAGUAGCCCUGAUUUCAAAUACCAAAAUAUUAACGAGGUGAUAUUGUGGGACAGGGUUAUAUGGGACCCGUUGUUGGAACAACACAGAGACACGUGAAUUUGGGACCAAGUUAAGGAAACUAUACCAUAACUAUACUGUGUAUACUUAUAUGACUAAACGUCGUCUUGCGUUGGUUUUCUAAAAUUUGUUAUAAUUUGUGCCCUUGUGUACGCGUGCCGUUGUCACUGUCUGAGUAGGCCUAGUUUCUGUAUACGAUUUGUGGGCUGACAGAAUCUGCCGAUCUGGGUAGAACAUCAGAAGUAAAUCAUCGGAUUUUUCAUAAGCAAAGUUAAGGACAACUGAAUCACUUUGACCCUUCAAUUAUUCCGUGUCGUCCUUUCACGACUGUGAUCCCAAAUAAUGAAUGUCAAGAUUCUAGAACGUUUUUUAAGUUCUUGAUUCGAUAUGAUUUUCUCACUCUUGGUUAGAAAUAUUUGACUCAUGAUACAGAUAUGUAGAAAUCGAGGAAAUAUAAGAUAAAACUACAUCCGAUGAAUAUCAAAAUUUCGCGCGAUGGUUAUUCAUCAAAUAAGGCUGAAGUAUACUUGUGGCAAAUUAGUGAGGAAAAGUCAUUGUGGCCAAGCUUGUGAUGUUUGUAAUUUUGAUGGGUUUAUAAGUUGUGAAAUUACGAACUCGGCCAACCUGUAGAUAAUUCCCUCAUUUCGUUGUUAAUAUUCCUUGAUGAGGCAAACAAUAAAUAGACUGUACAUAGUAUAUAAUGUAUAUAAAUAAAACAAGGGAAAUAUAUCGAUAGGAGGAGUAGAAAGCAAGGAAGUGACAAAUGUGUCUUAUACGAACCACUACGGCUUGGUCCAUUCUCAUUUUCCAGUAUCUGAACAAAACGCACAUUGUGAGAAAAAACAUUGAUUUAUUUCAAUGGGAAUAAUCAAGGAUAGCAAAAGCAUACAUUUUUAAAUUCAAACUAAAACACAUUGAGUCCACAUUUCGUACUCCUCCUCCCGUAUACAUUUCAAGCGGUUCUACGAGUUUCCCAAUGAAGCUAGCCGCAACAUCAACUGUUAAUGUUAUUUCCACACGUUACAUUGUUGCAUGUUUGUAAAAAAUAAAAUGAUAUUGGUUAUUUUGCAAA